AAUGGAGCCCGUUCUUCCUUGUUCACGGCAGACUCGAAGGGCUGGGCUCAACUAGAAAUGGGGGACGGCCCAUUUCAGGAGAGAAGUGCCGUGGUCGGGCCUGGUGCCGUGUCGCCAUGGAGACCAAGCAGGAAACGUCCGCUGUCUGGAGUCAGACCGUCAACAACGAUUCAGGGAAUCCCACGCAGGUGCAUUUUGAAGGCGGCGCUGUGGCCCAGAUCGUGUACAGCGGAGACCAGGCGGACCGGGCUGAGCAGCAGGUGGUCUACGCAGCAGAUGGAAGCUCGUACACGUCCGUGGAGUCUGCAGAGCACACGCUGGUCUACAUCCACCCUGCAGACGGUGCUCAGACCGUGUUCGCCGAUCAGCCGCAGGUGGCCUACAUUCAACAGGACGUCACGACUCAGCAGGUCACGGUUCUGCUGCCUGGCGGGCAGAACAUGAAUGCCGCCAACCUGCAUGUUCUCAGUAACGUGGCAGAUGCUCCUCAGAACAUCCUGGAACCCGUUCCUCAGGAGCAGCUGUCUGCGUCCAACUCUCUCGCAGACAUGGCCGACAUCACGGACCCCCCCACCAGUCCGCUCGGAGCCACGGACUCCACCGAUGAUUCUGACGAGGCUGAGGACGAAGACUCGGAGCUGGACGACUGGGAUCUGCGGCAGCCUCAGGCGUUCGACCCUCACUGCCUCUGGUGCGAGGAGUGCAACUGUGCCAACCCCUCGGACUGCCCCCUUCACGGUCCUCUGCAUCCCAUCCCCAACCGGCCGGUUCUGUCCAAGGCCCGGGCCAGUCUGCCUCAGAUCCUCUACAUCGACCGCUUCCUGGGCGGGGUGUUCUGUAAGAGACGCAUCCCGAAGCGAACGCAGUUCGGUCCCAUAGAGGCGCCGCUGGUUCCUCAGAGCGCUCUGCAGGACCACUUCUUCCACCUGAAGCUGUGCACGCUGGACUCGGAGAAGGACGAAGACAAGUCGAGUGACACGUGGUUGGACCUUUCUGACGAGGACAGCUGCAACUGGAUGAUGUUCGUCAGACCCGCUCAGAACCACCUGGAGCAGAACCUCGUGGCGUACCAGUACGGCUCUGAGAUAUUUUACACCUGCAUCAAACACAUCCAGCCCAAACAGGAGCUCAAGGUGUGGUACGCAGCGUCAUACGCAGAGUUCGUCAACCAGAAGAUCCACGAUGUCACAGAGGAAGAGAGGAAAGUUCUCCAGGAGCAGGAGUGGAACUGGCCCUGCUACGAGUGCAACCGCCGCUUCGUGAGCUCGGAGCAGCUGCAGCUGCAUCUCAACAUGCACGACGACAAGCUGAGCUCCGUUACCAGGUCCAGAGGGCGAGGCAGAGGCAGAGGCAGGAAGAGGUUCGGGACAGGAAGGAGACCGGGACGCCCACCUAAAUUCAUACGCCUGGGUCCGCCUGUAGACGCCAACGGAGACAAGACGACCGAAAUGUUGGAGUUGACGGAGAAGCCCCUGGAGGAGCGACUAGACGGGGCAGAGAACGGUUUGAAAGACGUGGAGCUGGAAACGGAGGAGGACGCUGCUGAACCUGAAGCAGAGCUCGUCUCCUCUGAGCACCAACUCCUGGAGUCCACAACACCGUCCACCAUCACGGACCAGCCCGAUCUGCUGAAGGAGGACUCGGCACAGAACGUCCAAUCGAAUCUCACGCCACAGGACGUGCAGCGUGCCAAGAAAAUACGGAACGCGGCGCUGCAGCACCUCUUCAUCAGGAAGAGCUUCCGUCCGUUCAAAUGCUCCCUGUGCGGGAAGGCCUUCCGGGAAAAAGACAAGCUGGAGCUGCACCUGCGGGUCCACGGUCGCGACGCCUACACCUUCUCCUGCCACAUCUGCUGCAAGAGCUUCCUGAGCGACUCGUUCCUGGAGGACCAUCUGGUGGAGCACACGGACAACCGCUUCUACUCCUGCCUCUUGUGUCCCGAGACUUUCGAAAGACUGGAGCUGCUGAAGGACCACGUGGAGGUCCAUUCUGUGGACGGCUGCUUCACCUGUCCCUCCUGCAAGAAGACGUUUACAGACUUCAUCCAGGUGAAGAAGCACAUCCGCUGCUUCCAUUCGGAGAAGAGCUUUCAGUGUCCGAACUGCGAGAAGACCUUCUGCCGCCCGGACAAGCUGCGCCUGCACAUGCUGCGCCACUCUGACCGCAAGGACUUCCUGUGCUCGACGUGCGGCAAGCAGUUCAAGAGGAAAGAUAAGCUGCGGGAGCACAUGCAGCGCAUGCACAAUCCAGACAGAGAAGCCAAGAAGUCGGACCGGACGCACCGCUCCAAGACCCACAAGACGAAGACCCCCACCUCCGACUUCGAGAGCUUUGCGUUCAAAUGCCGGCCGUGCAUGAUGGGAUUCCGACGCAGAGGAAUGCUGGUGAAUCAUUUGUCCAAGCGUCACCCUGAAAUGCGAAUCGACGACGUUCCGGAGCUGACGCUUCCGAUCAUCAAACCGAACCGGGAUUACUUCUGUCAGUACUGUGAUAAGGUGUAUAAAAGCGCCAGCAAACGGAAAGCUCACAUCCUGAAAAACCAUCCCGGAGCAGAGCUACCCCCCAGCAUCCGGAAGCUGCGUCCCGCCGCCCCCGGGGAGCCGGACCCCAUGUUGAGCACGCACACCCAGCUGACCGGUACCAUCGCUACGGCGCCGGUCUGCUGCCCACACUGCGCCAAGCAGUACAGCAGCAAGACCAAGAUGGUGCAGCACAUCAGGAAGAAGCACCCGGAGUUCACCCAGCUGGCCAACGCCAUCCAGACUCCUCUCACCACGGCCGUGAUCAGUUCUGCUCCGGUCAUCAGCGCAGACGGAGCCACAGCCGAGGCCGUCGUGACCACGGAUCUGCUGACCCAGGCCAUGACAGAACUGUCUCAGACGUUGACCACGGACUACCGAACGGCGCAGGGAGACUACCAGAGGAUCCAGUACAUCCCGGUGUCUCAGGCUGGAGGCGGUUUGUCGCAGCCGCAGCACAUCCAGCUGCAGGUGGUCCAGGUCGCGCCGGCGUCCUCCCAGCAUUCCCAGCCUCCGACGGUGGACGUGAGUCAGCUGCACGAUCCUCACAGCUACAGCCAGCACUCCAUCCAGGUCCAGCACAUCCAGGUCUCUGAGCCCUCGGGCUCGGCUCCAGGUGCCUCUCAGGUCACCAGUCAGCCUCUGAGCCCGGCCUCCCAGCAGCCCAGUCAGGAGCUGAGCCCAGCCCAGCUGACCCCCGUCACCUUAGCUCAGAGUCACACCCUGCAGGCCAACAGCACCCAGCAGCCGGGGGCCGUGCAGCACGCCGCCUACAUACCCGGGAACUGGAACUACCGAGGCUACCCGUCUGAGAUCCAGAUGAUGGCUCUACCUCAUGCUCAGUAUGUGAUCGCUGAGGCCAGCACGCCCGUGUCUGGAGUCGGCAGCAACCAGGUGAAGACGACCCACUACGUCAUCUCUGAGGGUCAGAGCGAGCUGGAGACGAAGCAGGCGGCCCCUCAGAGCGCAGCCCAGAACCAGGCCGAGCACCUGGACCAGCAGCCCGCCGGUCAGACGCCCACCACGCAGUACAUCAUCACCGCCACCACCAACAGCAGCGGCACCAGCGAGGUCCACAUCACCAAGCCCUGAACUGGACCCAUCGUGGACGCUCCGUGUUUACGUGUAUAAACGAAUCUCCUCGCCCGCCACCUCCGAGUGGAUCGGAUCAGACGGUACCGGCACAGUUUUAUGUGUU